AUGCUUUCACAUUUUUCCUCUCUAAUUCUUUCUCUCCUUAUUCUUCCGCGGGCCUCAGCAAAUAUAUAUGAGGUAAGCUGAAACGCUUUUUAUCAUGAUCAAAGACAUUUUAAAGCAGGGUCACAAGUUUAAUUUCACCAACAUUUGUCGAACGAUUUGACCUUUAUAUCUUCUGUUGUUUCUGUCUAGAAUGUGCACAACUUGUUAACGCCUAACGAAAGAGAGAAGAUUUUUGGCGAGCCGUUCCUUCAGAGCAGUAAGUGGCGAGAUAGAUUUCGGUGUCAGGGAUUCAGUUAAUUCCCUUUUGUAUCUGAUUUUCUGAAAGGAGGAGUCGUAACUGAUUGUUGAUUCAUAAGACUGGAGAACAAGGCCAAAUAUAUCGGUAAAUUCUUUCAUCAGAGAUCUCAUUGAUAUUUCGAUGCCUGAAACUUUUCAUCGGCAAAUUAAGACAUCAGAGUAUAACUUCGGCAGGUCAUUGCUUUUAAUCAUAUGAUAAUAAUAGAAUCGAUACAGUCAAUGAUCCAAAGAAAGUUGCUUUCAUCUAACACUGUGCAAUUUCUUUUUCUGAACAAAAAAUAUCGAUACCACUGGUAAAACUCGUCCAAAUCUUAAUUCCACCCGAAAAAAGGAAUUUCCAUCUGAAAUCACUGUGCCUGGCCAGACUGUGAAAUUAGUUGAAAAUAAUCUGACCGCAAUUAUCUAUAAAGAAAAUACAGAAAUCCUUAAAUUAAAAAAUGUUUCAUCUCAUAAGUAUGUCUUGUAAUGUUUAAGACUUUCAUCGCCUCAACUCAAACAAAACGUGAAGAGUUGAUUUUAAUAUUCGGCGCAUAUGAUUUUCCUGGGUUAAAGACAAUAAACUAAGCACAGCAGUUAUUAUUAAUAAGAAAAUGUCGAAUGCACUGAUACCUACUGGGUGCCUUCCUACUUUAAGCAAAACUAACAAAUUUCUUCCCGGGAUGCUUAUAAUUAAGACGCAGUUUCCGCUAUUCAACAGGUAGAAAGUUAUUUUCAGGCGGAAAUAGUAGGGAACAUUUCAAGCUUUAAGACAAUAAUUUCAAUAUACUUCAGUGGAACCCCGCCUUACGGCCACCUCGGUAAUAUAUACGGUAACCUCGUUAUUACGGCCACUUUUUUCGGCCCAGCUAAACGGUCGUAUUUCCUUAAAAAAAAACGUUAAUGCGGUCACCCGUUAAUGCGGGCGGCCAUAGGCCAUAAUUUAUAAUCCUAAAUAUCGACCACUAUACGACCACUUUUUUGAUGUCAAUAUUAUUGGCCUAGUACUCUGAGCCUGUUCUUGUACUGUUCUUAAACUACAUUAACAUAAAGUGCACUUGUUGCGAUUUUAUAGACGAAUUUCAAAAGCGUUUUAUGAACUAAAAGGAAAGUUUAAGUAGUUUUUUUUCAAUUACUAUACGUGAUAUCUACACUUCCAGUUGUUUAUUAAUGAGAACAGUUGUUAAAGAAAUGCGAAUGGGUAUUUGUCAUUAGGCCCUCAAUUUUCCACUGAUAUAGUUUGCUAUCUUUUACCGAGGCCAUUAAAUAGUUACAAUGAGAACAGUCAGAUAUUGAAUUGGAGAGUUGUCUGAUCCUUGCAUGAUUUUUUAUCGAACAUAGGUGACCUGUCCAUAUGCUUACACGAUAUUGUAUCGAACAUGGUUGCUAGUCCUCAAAUUUCAGGAUUUGCCAGUCAUCAUCCUCAUCAUCAUCAAAUCCUUUAUUUGAACGCGAUAAUUAUACAAAACAACAGCUUUGGGGUCGUCAAGGGGUCAAUUACAUUAAAACCUCGGAUUGAAAUAAGUAAAAAACAAAAAUUUCAGAAUUUAAUUUUGAAGUCAAUUUAACAACCCAUUUGGGUUAUGCCCUUCAAUAUUUUUACAUUUAUUCGUGUGUAAAUGAAGUCACUACAUGAUUUUAAUGUUUUUGUUACUUUCUCUACAAUUCUUGCUUGGCUACGUUUCUAUUAUUAUAACGAAAGACUACAGGAUGUAAAAUUUAUCAUUUCAUAUACUUGAAAGGCUUCAAACUAGCAAAAUAGAAUAAACAAUAGAAAAAAGUAGAACCUUUGAAUACACUGCUUAACUCUGUGUUUCGACUGUGUUCCUCUGUGUCCCUCAAAAAAUUCUGUUUUAACCCAAAGCUGAUAAGUUACUCAUCUGACGAUGCCUUGACGCCUGAUAAUUUAAAUGGUUAGUUUGUUUGGUCUGUGUAGACCGUAUUUGUACUUGACGGAACUUAAACAAACCUGCAUAAUUGUAAAUCAUUUUGCAGUUUAAAAAGUCUUAUCUUAUGAUCAAUUUGAGGUUCUCCUUUAUUUGUAGCGGUCUGAAAACUGGCAGAUUUCGAACAGCUGGUAGGGUGUAAUCAAAAGCUAAAUCACUGAGGCGUUGUCCUCUUAGUGAUGGUCAGUUAGAGGGAAACGGGAGAAAUAGGGGGAAAUUAAGCAAGAAUGCUUUUAAAAUAUUUUGCAAUCGAAAAAGAGCUAAAGGAAGGAAGCCAGUAAAAAACGUGUGGGAGCAGGGAAUGGCAAGGUACAGGCUGCCUAAGAAACAAGAAUAUAUAUGCUGGACAUUCCAACUGGAAGCACUGCUCAUCAACCACAAGCCAGCCCAGUUUUUUGGCUGAGAAAUGGAAAACCUUUUUUAUGUGAUCCUGAAAUAGAAAUAGAACAAUGUAUUUGACAGCAGGUUCUAAGAAAAUAAUUCAUAUUGGCUGAAUAAUACUCUUUUCCAGGGUAAUUUGUUUUAUAUUUUGAAAUUUGGGGAAAAAAAGAGAAAAAACAGGUUCUUAUGCAACUAAGUUCUCUAGAGAUUCUUAAGUAAACUUUACUGCAAUGAUGACGGUAAUAAGUAAUUAAAAUGUGAAUCAUAUUUCAGUUCCAGAUUAUCACGUGACUCACCCAAUCCAAGUAGACGAUGAUGGCAAUUUUUUGUCACGUGACCUGUCCAAUGGUAAUCAUAGAAGGCGCCGAAGCGUGGAAAUUGGUAUCAAGGAACCCGUCUUUUUCCAUCUAUCAGUUUUUGGAAAGAAGUUUCACUUAAAUGUUACUUUAAAUGAUGAGCUACUCUCGCCCAAUUUUGUUGUUGAGGUUCGUGGAAAUCAAAGCUCGCGCUUCCAUUUUGAAAUUGAGCAUUGUCAUUACACUGGUCAUGCCGUUUCUUCCAAAAGACUGGGCACUAAAGUGGCCUUAAGCAACUGUGAUGGACUGGUAAGAUCGAAAAUUGUGACGUCUGUAGUUUAAUAACUUGUGACUUGCGCGCAAACUGUUAUAUUUCCCUUGGGAGGGAAGUGGAGCUUGGUUAGGAUGGUCUAAGACUGUAGGGACAACGGCCUAAUGAAACCCACACCAUAACUGAGAGUUAAUGAGUUCUGAGUCAGUAAUAGAGUAAUGUGACAAAAUGCAGUAUGACCUGAUCACCUGAUAUAUGGUAUAUAUAUCACCUGAUAUAUGGUAUGAUGACCGCUGAAAUACAAAAGAAAACGAUGUAAUUCCCCACUCCAGAAACUUCCAAACAAAACGAUGUAAUUUCCCACUCCAGAAACUUCCAAAGCUUGGGGAUAACGAUUUCUGGGAUGGUUGUAGUUGCCUUGAGUAGCAUGGACCAAUCAUAACUAACGCUUAUCCACCCAAACUAUCUUAGAAAUAACUGCACCCAAAUCUUGUACCUAUUUUCCCUAAAGUUUCAGAGGUGGGGAAUUUUUAAUCGGUUUUUUCAUGAUUAUCAGGCAUAUUAUACUUUUUUCACAGCGUGGUUUGAUUCGUACCCCAGAUGAUGUUUUUGCCAUAAAUCCCCUUCCUGGACGACUCACUCCGGAAUCAAACAAAACUCGCGCUCACAUUAUCCACAGGAGAUCUACGUCAUCGUUGGAAGAUCUUGAGGAGGAACUCGGAGUUGAGAAAAGAUCGGAAAACUGGUGUGGAGUGGAAGGUAGGCAUUCAAAAUAACGCUUAAGUUACAAAAAUCGCAUAAAAAUAGUUGUGAGUUUGCUGUACAGAGAUAGAGGAAAAUAUGCAGACUGUCUUGUUAAACAAGUGAUAUCAAGAGAAUAUUAUGAGAAUCGCUGGUGCAGAUACUUCCAUUGCUCAUAAUCAUUUAUCAUAUACCUCACCAUAUUUACUGGAAUAAGCCACUGCUGGAUAAGCACAACAGAAAAAUGUGGGUACAGUAUUUUCAAGUUCUUUUUAGAUAACUAGACAUUAAAACCACACACAGCGUCGUUGCCUUUUCACAUCAAUAAGGUCAAACACGAAACUAACUUUCCCACCACUAUGAACAUAAACCUCAAAUAAGUCCUUCAAUUCCCGCACCGUUCGGGCUACUAAUUACAGAACUUUUGCUUGACGCCUGUUCAUAACGGACGCUACCCUAAACAACGCAAAAUGCACAAAACAUGAAAAAGUUAAAAUUGACCAGGUUUGUGUCGAUAUUGCAUAGAAAUUCGUAAAAUAAAAUGACAUCGUCGCUCAAGAUGUUUAUUCCAGCUGAUGAGACGUAGAGCUGUCUCAUGCAAUUCACAUAGUGUAUACUUAGCUUUUAGCGUAAGACUGUAAGAUGCAUUUUGAACUUUUUUUUGUUUGUCUUUGUAGACAAGUCAAGUGCCAGAAGUAAGAGAGAAGUAUUUGAUCUGCCUUCUCCAGUAAAUUACCAACAAGAUUACGUAAUAGAAACACUUGUCGUGGCGGAUAAGAAAAUGACGGAUUUUCAUGGAGUGGAGGAACUCAAGACUUAUGUCCCAAGUCUCAUCAAUAUCGUAAGUAACCGGGGAAAGUCUUGGUAUGUCAUCUUUUUGCCUUGUUAUAUCGCCAUUUUGAUAUAGCUCCUUCUGAAAACUAACUCCAAUUAGAAGUUAUUAACUAUAAGGAGCAGAUGAACAUGAUUUGUAUAAUUGCCGUCACUGUAUUAAAAUACAGUAUAUGUAUGAUUAGUUUCUAAUUGCGAUAAUUGUCUUCAGGCCUAUAAUCUUUUGAGUGACAGUUCUAUUGGAGCAAACGUGAAGUACGUCCUGCACAAACUGCUAAUUCUUGAGCAUGAUCAGGUAAGACUGUUAUUCUCCAAGGAUACUUUCACGAGGUUUCAGUUUUACGAUAAAGGGGUAAUAAAUUGUGGAAAGAACUGCAGAAUCCUCUUUCAUAUCGCGCGAUAAAGCUCUGCUGCGCUUGCUGAGUUCGUCUUUUUUCCUUACUGAGGAAACUGUAGUGUUGGGAUAGAAAAGACGGGGGAGAAAAAAAGGACAGAAAGCUCGCGGGUAACUACAUGAGUUCACGUAGAUACCACGUCAACGGAGCACAUAACAAGAUGGUAGAUAAAACUGGAGGGUUAACAUGGCUCUUAACGAACUGCUUCCUUUUUUUCUACUUUUUCCUCAAUAAACGUGAACUUCAGCGUACUAUAAGCUGCCCGGCUAUAUCUUCGAAGGAAAGAAUGUUUUAGAAGUCCAUCAACGGAGACAUAUGAAUAGCCAUAAUUGGCCUCUUGUCCCACGCGCACGCGUCGCACGCGCUUAAAGCGUUGAGAUCCACUGAUAAAGGCUUAGUCCAUCCCCGGUCCCUUAUAAGGGCUUAAUGGGGACGUGCGGCCAGCCAGGGUAUGUUUUUCGGGAUUUUUGUCUUAAACAGGGUAUCGAUUUAUCAAUUUUUGUCUUACACAGGAUAUGUUUUCUUGGACGAUAAACAGCAAAAUUUUUACAAGCUCUAACGUCUUAAACAGGGUAUCAAAAAUCGGAAUUCUGUCUUAAACAGGGUAGGAAAAUCAGCGAUAUUUGUCUUAAACAGGGCCAGGGUAUGAGGGGCGGCGCCGCACCCCCCACCCAGGGAUAUAUCGAGUAAACCCCCCCGGAGUCCAUCUCAAUUCCUGACUGAAUCGAACAGGGCCGAUAGAUUGUCUUGAUUUGUCUUGAUCCAUUUUCCAAUAACUUAAUGAAAGAGCCACUUAGCACAUCAUUUGAAAAGAAACUGAUCAUUGCCCUAUCAUUGCCCUUUCCGUGUCGUCCGUACAAUAGCGACACUUUUCACUGAAUGCUGGAUGAGGUUGUUUAAACGGAACUUUUUUAUCACCCUAAAAAGAAACUUUGCUAACAGCCAUCACUACAAUUUUGACUUGUAGGAAGGACUCGUAAUAAGCUCUCAUGCCGGUAACACAAUGGAAAGCUUCUGCCUUUGGGCCAAAGGACAAAAUCCAGUGGAUGACAGCAAUCCAGAUCACUUUGAUCAUGCCGCUCUUAUUUCACGGUAAGGAUUUACGGUAGUAUUACACUGUCUCUCAAGCUUCAUUGGAAACGUAAUAAGACCUGAGUAACCAAGUCACCAUUAAGUCCCACUCACCCUACUAAAUGUGGAGAAAUGUUAGCCUCAUAGAGCUACUGAACAAUUUCGGGAGAGUUGUUGUAUGUUUGCAUGUUUUUUCUGUUUCUCCUUUGAAAGUUCCAGGUUGAGUUUUUGAUUCCGUUUUACCAAUGUGCCAUCGCAGCGUCUCUUGGAGCUAACAAUUCCAAUUCUCAUAUACCGCAUGGUCCGUACAAUUACUAAUUGUAUUUUUUUAAGAUUUCUGAGCUGGCAAUGAAGGUAUGGGAUAUCCUCAUCCGCCAAGGGUCUUUUAUUAUUAUUCUAGAUACGAUUUUUGUCGAAAUACCGAUAAAAGAAUGGGACAAAGCUGUGAAAAAGUUUUAGGUGAGAAAUGUUUGUAUUUUGAUAACAAAAUAAACGUAUCUACAAAAAUGACUUAAGGUCGUCUUACCGACUAUCCAUAUAGAUCAAUGAACACUUAUAACUAACCAAGAUUAAACGCGUUAUUUAUCAUAGAUGUUGUAUAUUGCAGUAGGGCUAAUGCUUUUUCUUAAAAGAACAAAAUUUAAUUAAGAAGUAGUGGAUUAUAAAAGGAGGAAAUACUAAAAGUUUAUUUAUUUUUUACUCUUGUUGUAAACAAAGGUCUAGCGCAAGUUCAAGGAAUGUGUAGCUUGACAGGGAGUUGCACACUAAGCAAGGAUGGAGGACUGGGAACGGCUUACACCAUUGUACAUGAAACAGGGCACAAGUAAGUAAAACUGUUAAAACCAGUCCUGGUAGAGGGCCCAAUCUAGUUUUCUUAAUUUUAACCCUGGCCCUCUCUUAGUUUUCCGUCUCACUAUAGGUCAUAAACAUUUGUUAUGUUAUCUUAAGCGACUUUUGUUAUAAACCAAUCAGAGCGUACGCUGUUACAAAAACGUUUAGUUGUCAUAUUGUUAUGUCUUACAGUCUUGGUGCGCAGCAUGAUGGCGCCGGCAACUCAUGCUCUAACAACAAGAAUAUUAUGGCUACACAGGCCAGCGGUAAAGAAUCAGCCUUUGAAUGGUCGUUAUGUAGUCGACAAGCAAUUCAUACUUUUCUGUCGUAAGUAUUCCCAGUAGCCUUGCAUCUCUUUAAAACCUCUAAAGUUAUUGGACCCCUAUAUCGUAGUUCUUUUGUUUUGGGGCUACAAUGUAUCUACCAAUGUUAACUCACCCUGCUAGCAGAGCCUUACAUUCACGUGCUUGAUUUUGUCGUACUCGAGAAGGACUCUACAUAAAUCGAGAGGGUCAUGUAGCAGCUGCUCGGAAGAGAAGGCACCGAUGGUGGGUUUCCCUGGCCCCAAACAAUACUAAAACAAUUGGAAGAAUGACAUGUCAUUGUUUCCUGCAACCAAUUAGAACAGACCAUACGAGCAGCUCCCACACUACUCUAUAUCGAGUAAGUUCUAGCAUGUGCUGCUUGUUGCCGGGAUACAGUUUCGAACCCAGGCCUAAUAGCCCUGUGCUUGGCAUAGCGACCUCAGCUGGGAAAACCAGUUUGGCGAUCAAGAACAAUAUUGACUUGUCCAGAAGUGCGAACGUCAGCAAUUUCAAAGCCUCAACGUGAUUCAGACAGAGCCUCGGUUUUUUCUUCUCCUCACUCAAAAAGAAAAACGGAGACUCUGCUCGCAGGGCGUUGUUAACUUUAUUCGUUCAUUGUUUACCCAACCAAUCUUGUGAGGCCUUGUUACAGGCGCCUCGCUAUUCCUUUUGAUUGGCUUCCGUAAACUUGGAAUAUCCUUGGCUAUUUACUGUUUUACGACCGACGCUAGGAUUGCGUCUCGUUUCGAGAAAUUAUCAGAAGACGAAAUUUGAACGAUAAAUGAAGCAGUCGUACAAAAAAUACCAAGAAAGCGACGAACUUCAGCUUGUCGGUGUUUACUGGUAGGUAGAAAAUAGUUUUCUUGCUGAAUUUGCAACAAAAUUGCAAAAAGGCACUUGACAAAAUCCACGAAAUGUUUGUAAAUUGUAAAGAAACUUCCUACUAAGAGACGUUUUUAAUUUACAAAAAUGUUACUUUUUUCAUUUUUAUCCAAUUGACUUGGUUAAUACUAAAACAACUAUCCCAUCCCUAUAUAUAUCCCUAACUAUUCAUCUUCCCUUAAUUCGUGGGAUAGUUGUAUACUAGUUAACGGUGUCAGGAUAUUGUGGUCUCAUAUUGUACCAACUAUAAAAAGAGAUCCAGGUCAAGAAUUUCACCUAACUUGCUUGUUUGUUCUUGAUAUUUUUCCUCAGUGGUGAUAAUUCGGCGUGUUUAAAAGACAAACCACAAAAGUCUGUUACCAUGCCGCAACGCCUGCCAGGUCAAAUAUAUACCGCUGAUGAUCAAUGUUCGCGGGCCUUUGGGGACAAGUCACGCGCUUGUCCAGCACCCUUCUUAAAGGAGGUGAGCAAGGAGAAAAAAUAAAACGUUUUCAGUCUCUAUAGCCCGUAUCAUUUUUACUUUAAUACAGGGAACACGUCUUUUUUUGUUUACUUUUUAUAGAUAUCAGAAACAUUUAGAUGUAUAACUUUUACCGAUAAUCGAAAGUCAUGUUUUUGAUUUUCUUUUUCCAGAAAAUAUGUCUUCAGCUUUGGUGCGUAAACCCAGAAACGGGAAUGUGCACCACACAUCAUGAACCUGGCGCUGAGGGCUCAAGCUGUGGUCAUAAAAAGGUACAAAUAAUUUUUCUAAACCCGUGCUAAACAGGCAGUUACUUAAAGAGACUGUGUCAGGGCUGUCAGUUCAUUUUCCUUUUCAUGCCAACUAAGCGUUCUUAUUCGCUACGAAGUUGAGAAAUUACUUGUGAAUGACAAAGUCAGAGCUAGAUGACUAACAAAUGUCUCCCAAUCAUUAUAUCAAACGUAUCAUUAUAUCAAAACGAAAAGUAAUGAUGAAGCCUAGGGACUAGGCAAAGUUAGUAACUCAGUGAGUCAGAUGGUAGCCUAGCUGAUCAAUCGAUCUUGAAAUUAAUCAAUAAUGGAAAACAAAGACUCAUUCUUCCAAAAUACGUGUCUUGCACUCCCUCAGCCGACAUUUUUCUCUCUUUUACGGGUCAGUCGUCAUUUUGCUCCUUUUCUUCAACUCUUAAAUUUGCGCCAUAGUUGAGUACAACGAACAUUUUAAAAAAGAGAAAGGUAUUUUAACAAAGACGUUAAAGGACGGAAUAAGCGGUGCUUAUGAUAAAGUGAUUUGCACUUUAAAAGAUGUUACACGAGACGAUUCGCAACGGCGAUUUUUAGCGCAAUUGUUGCGACGUUAUUUAGCAUUGUUACAACAUUUUUCCAACAUUGCAACGCUGUUUUGCGCUAAAAAUAGUCGUUGCGAAUAGUCCCGUGCAACAUCACCUUAAAAUCGUUAAUUUGUUAUCACUCUCCAGUGGUGUCGCCGCGGACAGUGCGUGCCGUAUGGCAGCGAGGGGCCUGAAGCCGUAGACGGUGGCUAUGGACCGUGGGGAGCUUGGAGCCAGUGUUCUCAUUCAUGUGGAGGGGGACUGAUAACUAGAAAAAGGGAAUGUGACAGUCCAAGGUAAGUUAAUGAAUACGUAAAAAGAAAUUUGGCGCCAAUCUGUUUGGAAGAUAAAUCGCUCUGUUUUUUCCACAUCAUGUUUCCUAUAUUUGAAUAACAAAAAAAUGCGUGAAACGCGAAAAAAUCAUGUAAUAGGGUGUGUCAAAUUGAAAAUCUAAAUACAGCGGAUUUGAAAUGUGAAGUCCAUGGAGUUUAAUUUACAUUUACAAACUUAAUAAGAGCAAGUGACAUUAACCUUCGGCCUUGCCAGUACCUCAAGCAUGCGCAUAGCCAUAUCAACCGGGCAGUGGCACCCAUGGACAGCUGUUUCCCCCCUUAUUGGGGCUCAUCAGCAUGGCAUAGCCGUUAGACCUUUGUCCUGUUAAAGCUGUUUUCAGAGGCCCUUUACUCCCGAGGCGAAAUAGCUUUCCGUGGCUUCCACUGCCCGGGUGAUAUGGACGCGCGCAUGUGCUAGAUACCGGUCAGGUCGUGGGUUGGUGUACAUGUGUCAUUUGCUUUCAAGUUUUUCCUGCAAUUACAGCCGGUGAAAGGUUCAAAAUUCACUACAAUUAUGGUUAUUUCGUCAUGAUGAGAGUACUUGCAACAGUGUCUGCAAUGAGAGCACCCAAGUAACAGUGUCUUCAAUAGUCUCUUUUGAUUUUAGGCCUGCAAACGGUGGAAAGUUAUGUCAAGGCCAUUCAGCAGAGUUUCGGUACUGCCACACUUCUGUAAGUAUUUAAUGCCUACAUUUUAAAAACAUUCUUAGUUUAAAAGAAAUGAUUCAUUCUUCGCUGGAAAACUGAGCUAAAUGGUACUAGCGGUUCUCUUUCGCUUCAGAAGUUGAAUCCUUCGAGACUUGCCUUGAUCAUUAGCUCAGAGGGCUGGACGGGAAGAAUUUAUUAUGCAGCGGUGCUCAUACACCAAAAAUGGACCUGACGGACAAUGGGAUACAUUUCAUUGACUUUUAAUAAUAAUGAAUCCUGAUUUGAUCGCUUAACAGUAGUCCUUUUAACCUUGCAUGUAGCAGCCUAAUUUCAAUUAACUUGCUUCUUUGUUUUGUUUUUCUCCCUUUUUGCCGUGAGAAAUUUGCUAGUCUGUUUCUCACUCGACCUUGCAAUGAGUAUGGCGGAGAUUCUAAUAAAUUUCAAUUGUAUUUUAUUUCGCUGAUCUAGAAAUGUGCAGCCGGAACACCAACUCCCAGAGAAAGCCAAUGUGAAGCAAAGCGUCAUGUUCGAUUCGUCGAUGGUAACAAGUAUCCAUGGAGUUACAACCCUGCGCUUCCUGUAUUAGGUAUUUUUAAAUGUUAAAACAUUUAAGGGCAACGAGUAUGGGAGGCGUUUGGGGUAAGGCACAACAACUAUUCCAAUAAAAAAAUGUGUCAUAAUGAAACUGGUAGAAAAAGCAUUUAGGUAGCUUUAAAGCCUCUCCCCGUCCCCCACCUCCCCCCCUUAUAAAAAAAAAACGCGGACGCGUAGUCAAGAUCAACAGUUAUCGAUAGUUACAAACAGGAAUUUUGUCGUGAGUUAUAAAAAGCCAAAAAUGUUCCAUUUAGUGGUAAAUAUAACUUAAACUGUUACAACCUGUUUGCAUGGUCUCAGUUUGUCAUUUUGAAAUCUCAUAAAAUAACCUAACAUCUUCCGCAAACUCAACAUGUCUUCAUACUCGAUGAAGGCUAGAAAGUCAAAGCAAGUCAAUAAUCUUGUUUCUACUACUUUUAUCACAUUAAAGCUGGUCAGGAAUGUAAGUUAUAUUGUAUAGCUGAGGUGGGCAUCCGCCAGUUUGCCAAGUUUUCAUUCGGGUAUGUGGAUGACGGAACACGCUGUGAUGACUACGAUGAGAACAGCGGUCUUUGUAUAAACGGCAAAUGCCAGGUAAGGGUAAUGGGCGCUAUAUGAUGUCAAGUCUCCGCAGACUCCGAAUUGUAAACGUUUUACAGAAGUCAGUGUUGCGCAAAGUGACUUGCGAAAAGAAAGAACUAGAUCAUUCUAAACGCGAGAGUUGGAAAACCAGUGCUAUUUUCACUGUACCUCUGUUUGAUUCAUUGUGAAACGCUAACAGCAUAGUGAGUCCUCAUUGGCCUAAAGCUGGACGAGAUUUAGAACGAAAUGCGGUUUUCCCAAAAGAGGAAAUCAAGAGCGUGUUUUGCUUUGUAGACUGAAUUGAAAGCCACCCACACCCAAAAGAAGUAUUUCAUCAUAAUUGAAAGGUUAGCUUCAAAAGGAACAUUUGAGAAGAAGAUGACAUUCGAACGCUAGCCCUAGCAAGAGCGAACAUUGUAUUUCUAACACAUACAAAAUUAAAUUAAAUAAGAUGGAUGUGUUCUUUUCAUCAGAACCAGAAUUGAUCAAUUCUUUUUAUUGUUACGUUUUAUUUCUGAUCCAGACCCUAGGAUGCGACAAAGUUCUAGGAUCUUCUAAAGUAUUCGAUCGCUGUGGUGCGUGCGACGGCGAUGGAACAUCCUGCAUCGGGAAAAGGUUUACAUACAAAGGCUUCCCUAAACCAAUGAAAGGUUAAGAAUUUACUUAUCUUUCUAUAAGGCCGAACAUUUUGAUUUCCUCAGAAUUUCUCAGCAUUUUCUUGUUCUUUUAAUAUAGGACAUUACCAGCCUAUUGGAUUUCUCCCAGCUGGCGCAAGAAAUAUUCAAAUCAAAGAAAUGAGUGGCUUCAAAAAUUAUUUGGGUGAGAAAACAUAAGCAUAAUCCCAAUGUUUGCAUCACAUACACAUUAUGCCGAGUAACAUUGUUUAGUAGCAUUUUUAAUUAAUCUAAGAUAGAUUAUACUUAGGUUGAUAUAAAAUAAAAACGAAAUUGUUUACUCCGACUAAGCAGAACGGGCCCAGACGAUCCAACUAGCCAAUCAGAACACCGAGCGAGCACGGUUAUAGUAGCUCGGACUUUCACUGAUUCUGAUCGGUAAGAAACGGCCUCAAAGAACACAAAUUUUUCGAAUUUUUUGGAAAAAAAAAAGGAAUUAGUAAAUAAAAUUUCAGGAAAAUAGGUGAAUCCCCCCAAAAAAGUGAAAAAUGCAAUUCCAAAAAAGGUUAAGUACUAUGUUUUUCACAGCUGUGAAAAAAAAAAAAAUUAAAGAAGUUCCACAAGGUUUUUUUUUAAAUCUUUGUAGAGACUGGCGUCAAGCACAUUUAUUUCGAAGAACUGCAGAUGCAUAAGCUAGAAUAAGAUAACAAAUGAACAAAAGGAAAUAAACGUUAGGCGAUCGGAUGAGGUGGCCAGCAUUAUUUACCAAGUUACUGAUGGAUAAUAAUUAUUGUCGUUAUAUUAUGCUGCUCCAACAGCAAUGAUGACAGCAGGAGGAAAAGACUUGCUCAACAUGGAUUUCCGCAUUAAGGCACGAGCCUAUAAUUUCGUGGGUGCUGGAACAAGAUUCAAAUACACUCGUGAUGCCUUGAAGAAAGAAAAGAUUACUGCUCAAGGGCCGCUGACCGAGAAUGUGGAGUUGAUGGUAUGUUGAGAAGAAAUAAAGAUAGGAGAAAAAAAAUGCGUCAAACAUCCGUCCGAGAGAUUGUCUAUAGUGCAUGGAUGUUAAAUUUAAAAUAUACAUUUAGAAAAACAGUAGGAGUAGUAGGUUUUGUCCUAUUUGCAAUCCAGCAGGAUUUUAAAGGCUUUUAUUUUGCCAUCGGGUGUUUUUUUAGCUUCAGUUAUAACCCCAAGAUGUACGUCUAAAGAGGUGAUUUUCUUGAAAAAAGUUGAUUGACCGUAUAACUAAAACUAAACUUUACGUUUGUAUGUUAUUACGGCAGUAUUUAGUUCAGUCGUGGAAGGAAGAAUACCAAGUCAGGAUUCGUUACCUUGUCCCCAACCCCUCAGAAGAGGUCGCGGACACAAGAUUCGUGCGCGGAUUGGGACAUAAGCACAUCACUUUCAAGUGGACUCGGCGUUCACUGGGUUGUUCUGAGAGCUGCGGGGGAGGUAAGUGAACAGUUCAGUCACCCCGCCAUUCAAUUCUCUAAUGAGAGGUCCUCAAGGACUUAAGGUUGGCUGAAACGCUCUCCUCCUAAUUUCCAAGGGUAAGCCCUGGGGAUGAGGUUGACACGAGGGCUUCUGUUUCCGGGGACAAGACGCUGAGGCAAAUGUCCCCCUAAAUUGUGUUGCAAGGUUGCAAGUAAAAGCUCAUACAGAAAGACUUCUCUCUGUUAUAUCUGCGGGGUAUGCCUCUUAAACCGCAGUAAACAUGAGCCUUGUGUUGCACCGACCUUUUCGUGCCGCGUUUCAACUGAUAGUUAAUAUUGUGACGCCUCAGUUGUUCGAGAUAUGGAUAGAGCUAUCCUCUGAUUAAAGCUCUAUCCGCUGGAUAUACUUGCCUGUUGGAUAAUGACCUCUCCGGUGGAUAUUGCUAUCCAACCUUUAAACAAGGAAUAAGCCAGUUUCACUGACUUUGGGAGAUCGAUGGCUGCCCCCUUUUUAUGGAACAGUCUUCCUCUGCCAAUAAGACAGGGAACAUCAAUCGACUCUUUUAAACGCUCUGUUAAAACAUAUUUAUUUAAGAAGGCUUUUAGUUAGAUUAUUUAUUUAUUUAUUUUUAAAUAUUGUAAUUUUACCGGGUAAUUUUACUGGUUUUUAAUUUAGUCAUUAAUAAUAUUGUAAUGCGCUUUUGAGUAUUUUUAUAGAAAAAAGCGCAAUAUAAGUAUUAAAUAUUAUUAUUAUUAUUAUUAUAUUAUUCACACAUUACCCCAAAGCUUUGGAAACAAAACAAAAGAGACCUCACGGACGUUCAAGGAUCAAUAAUUCUUUCAUUUUAUUUUAUUCCCUUACGCCUCGGAGCAAAUUCGUUUCCUUGGUCUCUUCUUAUGCGGUUUAAGCCAUUGGGCAUAAAAUUUUUGGUGCACAAUAUUGUCUUUCCCAUGUAGGUACCGUUUUGAUCAAAGGAACCUGUGUCCGCAAUGACGACGAAUCUAUGGUCAGCGACCACUUCUGUGGCGGAGAGAGGCCUAGGGACGAGACAGUUAUAUGCAAUACUCAUGAAUGCCCAGCGAGGUGGGUGCUGAAAUCUACCAAAAGAAUAUAUACUUCUGAUUAAAUUGUUUUUUUUUUUUCAAUUGCUCCUGAAGCUGGUGGGGAAGGCCACUUAUUGUGGUGGAUACUUUUAGGUGGAAAACCGGUGAAUGGACAGACUGUUCUAAAACCUGCAAUGACGGUCAUCCAGGAGAGAGGACACGGGAGGUUAUUUGUACUGACGAGUCGCAUGGUAUAGAGACUGAAGUGGAGGAGUUACACUGUGAAGGACCUAAACCGGCAGGACGUGAGACAUGCGCACAUCAUCCUUGCCCUGCUGAGUGGGUUACUGUGAAAUCAUCUUCAGUAAGUACAAGUCAAGAAUUUAGUAUCACGCAACCUCGUCACUGUGGCUUUUCCCUCAGAAAAUAGGAUUAGCCCCUCCCAUUUUAUAUGGGAAAAACCCUAGUGACGACGUUGUGUAUCACGAUCUUCCAUCGGUUGUCGCAAAAUCAACUAAAGAAUACUUCUGACCAAGUGGAAGAAAAUAAAGUCGCCAGAUUAAUAACGCGCACUUAAAGUCUCGACAAAACUUCUCGACAAUAACAUAUAUGAUUUUAAAAUAAGCCACUAAAUGAGUCUCUUUCGUUUGUUAGAGGAAAACGCUGUUGAAAACCUUUCCUAACACUGACACCCUCUCUCUUGUUUAAUGGCAGUGUUCCGUCACCUGUGGUAAAGGCGAGCGAGAAAUUGAAGUGGUUUGCGUGAAGAAAGGAGAAGGCAACGAAAAGGAACCCGUGGAAGAGAAAGAAUGCAACGGAGAGAAACCACCUACCAGGGCCUCGUGUGACGCUGGGAUACCUUGUUAAUGAUAUGGCUUGUACAGCGGUAACAUGGUUAACAGACAGGCCUGCAGCUUCGACAACAAGAGUGACUUUAUCACUUGAGACAAAAAUCAUACCCGCAACUUGAAAAUUUUUGUUGCGUAUACAGAAAUAUUCUCAAUAACUAUGAAUUAUCUUCUUUUAGCGAGUAAACCUCAGCCUUAACUAUGAUAAAUGAAACAUUUGGUGAGAGAGAGAAAAUAGUUUGCCACCAAUAACAAAAACUGUGAAAUAUGCCUGAAAGAGUCGAGAACAAACUGUACAGGUUGACUUACAAGACACUCACCCGGUUUCUUAAUCAUGAGGCUAUAAUCACUCAAAAUAGCGAUUACUCUGAGUCGUUUUCGCGUUUUAAGCUUGAAUUUCAAGACACUUUCUCAAAUAAACGUUGAUCAUGUGAUGCUUGGUAACUUUUCAAU